GCGGGCCGCCGCCAUCUUGUGAGCGCCCGGCUCGGCCCGGACGCAGCGUCGCUCGCGCCUAGACCGCCGUUGGAGCCACAGCCCCCAGCGCCGCAGACAUGCCGGCAGGACCGGUGCAGGCGGUGCCGCCGCCGCCGCCCGUUGCCACGGAGCCCAAGCAGCCCCCAGAAGAAGAAGCUUCCAAGGAGGACUCUACUCCUUCCAAACCCGUUGUGGGCAUCAUCUACCCGCCUCCCGAGGUCCGGAAUAUUGUGGACAAGACCGCCAGCUUUGUAGCCAGGAACGGCCCGGAGUUUGAAGCUCGGAUUCGGCAGAAUGAGAUCAACAACCCCAAGUUCAACUUCCUCAACCCCAACGACCCGUACCAUGCCUACUACCGGCACAAGGUCAGCGAGUUCAAGGAGGGGAAGGCGCAGGAGCCCUCGGCCGCCAUCCCCAAGGUCAUGCAGCAGCAGCAGCAGGCCUCCCAGCAGCAGCUGCCCCAGAAGGUCCAGGCCCAGGUGAUCCAGGAGACCAUCGUGCCCAAGGAGCCCCCCCCAGAGUUCGAGUUCAUCGCUGACCCCCCCUCCAUCUCGGCCUUCGACCUGGACGUGGUGAAGCUGACCGCUCAGUUUGUGGCCCGCAACGGGCGCCAGUUCCUGACCCAGCUGAUGCAGAAGGAGCAGCGGAAUUACCAGUUUGAUUUCCUGCGUCCCCAGCACAGCCUCUUCAACUAUUUCACCAAGCUGGUGGAGCAGUACACAAAGAUCUUGAUUCCGCCCAAAGGCUUAUUCACAAAACUUAAAAAGGAGGCAGAAAACCCCCGGGAAGUUUUGGAUCAGGUCUGCUACCGGGUAGAGUGGGCCAAGUUCCAGGAGCGCGAGCGGAAGAAGGAGGAAGAGGAGAAGGAGAAGGAGCGCGUGGCCUAUGCCCAGAUCGACUGGCACGACUUUGUGGUGGUGGAAACCGUGGACUUCCAACCCAAUGAGCAAGGAAACUUCCCACCUCCCACCACCCCGGAGGAGCUGGGCGCCCGGAUCCUGAUCCAGGAGCGCUACGAGAAGUUCGGGGAGAGUGAGGAAGUGGAGAUGGAGGUGGAGUCCGAUGACGAGGACCAGAAGCAGGAGAAGACCGAGGAGCCGCCAUCGCAGCUGGACCAGGACACCCAAGUGCAGGACAUGGACGAGGGUUCUGAUGAUGAAGAGGAGGGCCAGAAAGUUCCCCCUCCUCCAGAGACCCCCAUGCCCCCACCACUGCCGCCGACCCCAGAUCAGGUCAUCGUCCGCAAAGACUACGACCCCAAAGCUUCCAAGCCUCUGCCCCCCGCCCCUGCCCCAGACGAGUAUCUGGUGUCCCCCAUCACUGGGGAGAAGAUCCCGGCCAGCAAGAUGCAGGAGCACAUGCGCAUCGGCCUGCUGGACCCGCGCUGGCUGGAGCAGCGUGACCGCUCCAUCCGGGAGAAGCAGAGCGAUGACGAGGUCUAUGCCCCAGGUCUGGACAUCGAGAGCAGCCUGAAGCAGCUGGCCGAGCGGCGUACCGACAUCUUUGGGGUGGAGGAGACGGCCAUCGGCAAGAAGAUCGGAGAGGAGGAGAUCCAGAAACCCGAGGAGAAGGUCACCUGGGACGGCCACUCGGGCAGCAUGGCCCGAACCCAGCAGGCCGCCCAGGCCAACAUCACUCUCCAGGAGCAGAUCGAGGCCAUUCACAAGGCCAAGGGGCUCGUGCCGGAGGAUGACAGCAAGGAGAAGAUCGGCCCCAGCAAGCCCAACGAGAUCCCUCAGCCGCCCCCUCCGUCCUCGGCCCCCAACAUCCCCACCUCAGCCCCGCCCAUCACCUCAGUGCCCCGCCCCCCCUCGAUGCCGCCUCCCGUCCGAACCACGGUGGUCUCGGCCGUGCCCGUCAUGCCGCGGCCCCCGAUGGCCUCCGUGGUCCGCCUGCCUCCGGGCUCGGUGAUUGCUCCCAUGCCGCCCAUCAUCCACGCGCCUCGCAUCAACGUGGUGCCCAUGCCGCCCUCCGCCCCGCCCAUCAUGGCGCCGCGACCGCCUCCCAUGAUUGUGCCGACAGCGUUUGUGCCGGCCCCCCCGGUGGCGCCCGUCCCGGCCCCGACCCCCAUGCCUCCUGUCCACCCCCCGCCGCCCAUGGAGGAGGAGCCCGCGUCCAAGAAGCUGAAGACCGAAGACAGCCUGAUGCCCGAGGAAGAGUUUCUGCGGAGGAACAAGGGUCCAGUCACCAUCAAGGUUCAGGUCCCCAACAUGCAGGACAAGACCGAAUGGAAGCUGAAUGGACAAGUGCUGGUCUUCACUCUCCCGCUGCCCGACCAGGUCUCUGUCAUCAAGGUCAAGAUCCACGAGGCCACCGGCAUGCCCGCCGGCAAGCAGAAGCUGCAGUACGAGGGCAUCUUCAUCAAAGACUCCAACUCGCUGGCCUAUUACAACAUGGCGAACGGGGCUGUGAUCCACCUGGCGCUGAAGGAGAGAGGCGGGAGGAAGAAGUAGAGGCUCCCAGGGCGGCGGCCCCGGCCCUCGUCCGGGCGUCCUUGCUGAGAUGCCGACCCUCGGCAGCUUCCCUUGGGGGGCUCCC